AUCGGCUGACCAGGAGGGGGAACAGCCUGCUGAGCCCAUGGGAGGGGGCUGUCAAGGGAAAGCCCUUCCGUCUCUGGGGAAUGGAACUUCCGCUUUGGACUGAGAGCACUGGGCUCGCGGCUCCUGGUCCCACUGCUGUGCAGCCAAACGGCAUCACUGGACACCAGGUUUCCAGGAAGCAGCCACGACAGCACGGUGAUGAAGACCUCGCGCGGCGGCCCCCUGGUGCUCCUGCUGCUGCUCCUGGGUCCCCUAGAUGUCUCCCAGGCCCAGAGCUGCACCGGGCACCCGGCCAUUCCUGGGAUCCCGGGCAUUCCUGGGGUACCAGGAACUGAUGGCACACCUGGGACACCAGGGGUAAAAGGAGAGAAAGGGAUACCAGGGCUGGCUGGAGACCAUGGCGAGUUUGGAGAGAAGGGGGACCCAGGGAUUCCAGGGAAACCAGGAAAAGUCGGUCCCAAGGGCCCUGUGGGCCCCAAAGGCACCCCAGGGCCUCCUGGAGCCCGUGGCCCCAAGGGUGAAUCGGGAGACUACAAGGCUACACAGAAAGUUGCCUUCUCUGCCACACGGACCAUCAACACACCCCUGCGGAAGGACCAGGCCAUCCGCUUUGAGCACGUGAUCACCAACACGAACAACAAUUAUGAACCUCGUAGUGGCAAGUUCGUCUGCAGGGUGCCUGGCCUCUACUACUUCACCUACCAUGCCAGCUCUCGAGGGAACCUGUGUGUGAACCUCAUGCGGGGCCGUGACCGCAUGCAGAAGGUGGUCACGUUCUGUGACUAUGUCCAGAACACCUUCCAAGUCACCACGGGCGGCAUCGUCCUCAAGCUGGCGGAGGGGGAGAACGUCUUUCUGCAGGCCACCGAAAAGAACUCCCUGCUGGGCAUUGAAGGCGCCAACAGCGUCUUCUCUGGGUUCCUGCUCUUCCCGAACCCAGAGGUGUGAUCUAUGGGGCUGAUUCUUCCCCCUCCCCACCCCCUUGCCCACCAGCCAUGCUCACUUUACCCCCAACACCCACCUCUGCCCAGCCAAAGCACACAGUCAGUCUCCAUGGAUGUGCUGAAUGAAUGAGUAAAUAAACUUCUAGACCAA